AUGACUCCCGUGAUGGACAAAGACGGGCUAGGAUGGCCUGCAAAGAAGACUCUGGACCGGCUCAACUAUUCUGCUGAACAGGCAGCAGCGAAUCAGGCUAGAUUGGCCGGAGCUGUCAAGACUGUGCUGGAAUGUCUGGGAGAGGACCCAGAGAGGGAUGGAUUGGUGAUGACACCAGAACGGUAUGCUAAAGCCCUCCUAUGGAUGACGAGGGGCUACGAGGAGAGGUUGAGUGACGUCAUUGCCAAUGCCAUCUUCGACGAAGAGCACGAUGAAAUGGUCAUCGUCCGCGACAUUCCAAUUGCCUCUCUCUGCGAGCACCACCUGGUCCCCUUCACAGGCAAGAUCCACAUCGGUUACAUCCCCAAUCGUCUUGUCAUUGGUCUCUCAAAGCUAGCAAGGAUAGCCGAGACUUUUGCGCGCCGACUGCAGGUGCAGGAGAGGCUGACCAAACAGGUCGCUCUGGCUCUCGAUGAGGCCAUUCGACCUCAGGGGGUAGCAGUCGUGAUGGAGUGUGAGCACAUGUGCAUGGUCAUGAGGGGAGUCCAGAAAGUGGGGGCCUCGACGGUCACAAGUUGUAUGCUGGGCGUAUUCAGGGAUCGGCAAAAGACCAGACAGGAAUUCCUAGAGCUGAUCAGAUCGAAGUAA